CAAGGCGACGCGCUCCGCCAGCUGAGCUCGCCCGCCGCGGCCGGGCCGUGCUGGGUCGCGCUGCCCUCCACUUCGGGCCGAGGCCUAGCACAGGCCCCCUUCCCUCCGACCCCCGCCGUCCGCAGCUCACCGUCCGUCUGUCUUAUGGCCCGCGCAGUGACUCGUAGGUCCGACUAGGGACGGCGGCGCGGUGCGCAGCGCGGCCUCCGAGGCUGGCGGCCGCCGCGGUCUCCAUGGUAACGGCGCGGCCGGCGUCUCGGCCUCCGGGGGAAGAUGCGGCCUGCGGGGCCCGCCGCCUGGCCCCCGGCCUCCCGGCGCGGCCCGGGUCACUGAGGAGGCCGGUCCUGCCGGGCAGCGGGCAGCGGUGAAUUCCCACUCUGGCUGGAGACCCAGAUGGCCUCAAAUGAGAGAGAUGCUAUAUCGUGGUAUCAAAAGAAGAUUGGAGCAUAUGAUCAACAGAUAUGGGAAAAGUCAAUCGAACAGACUCAGAUUAAGGGCUUCAAAAACAAACCAAAAAAGAUGGGUCACAUAAAGCCAGAUUUGAUUGAUGUUGACUUAAUCAGAGGCUCAACGUUCGCCAAAGCCAAGCCUGAGAUUCCAUGGACGUCUCUGACCCGGAAGGGGCUUGUUCGAGUUGUCUUCUUUCCACUGUUCAGUAAUUGGUGGAUCCAGGUUACCUCUCUACGAAUCUUUGUUUGGCUGCUACUGCUUUACCUCAUGCAAGUCAUAGCACUUGUGUUGUAUCUUAUGAUGCCCAUUGUGAACAUAAGUGAAGUUCUUGGACCCUUGUGCCUUAUGCUACUCAUGGGAACUGUCCACUGUCAGAUCGUGUCCACUCAGAUAACAAGGCCAUUGGGAAACAACGGGAACCGGAGGAGAAGAAAAUUACGAAAAACUGUGAAUGGCGAUGGGAGCCGAGAAAAUGGAAAUAAUUCCUCUGAUAAAGUCAGAGGAGUAGAAACUUUGGAACCUGCCCCCAAUAUUGGUAGUUUUUGGGGCACUCUCUUUGGCAACAGGAUUAAAAAGGUAAAGUUAGUGUCUAACAAAGGGACUGAAACUGACAAGGACACCAAUAGUCUCCUUCCGAUUAUUAAGAAGAGACAAGGUCGGCCAGAGGUCAGGAUGUGCCAAACAAGAGAGAAAGCAAAAGUUUCGGAUGGAGAAAAGUGCCACAGGGAGCCAUACAGACGGUCGGGUAAUGGGGUUUCCGAUGAUCUCUCCAGUGAGGAGGAUGGUGAAGCUCGGACACAGAUGAUACUGUUACGUAGGAGUGUGGAAGGGGCUUCAAGUGACAAUGGUUGUGAAGUUAAGAAUAGAAAAUCUAUUCUUUCAAGGCACCUAAACUCUCAGGUAAAGAAACCUGCUACGCGGUGGUCUCAUAUAGUACGGGAUUCAGAUAGUCUGGCUGAAUCAGAAUUUGAAUCUGCAGCCUUCAGCCAGGGUUCUAGAUCUGGUGUGAGUGGUGGCUCUCGAAGCCUUAACUUGUCAAGAAGAGAUUCAGAAAGCACCCGCCAUGACUCCGAGACAGAGGAUAUGUUAUGGGAUGACCUGCUACAUGGCCCCGAGUGCCGGUCAUCUGUCACCAGUGAUAGUGAGGGGGCCCAUGUGAAUACCGUUCACUCAGGGACCAAACGCGAUCCCAAAGAAGAUGUUUUUCAGCAGAACCAUUUAUUCUGGCUUCAGAACUCAAGUCCGGCCUCUGACCGAGUAAGUGCAAUCAUCUGGGAAGGAAAUGAGUGCAAAAAGAUGGACAUGUCUGUGCUGGAGAUCAGUGGUGUCAUCAUGAGCAGGGUUAAUGCCUGUCAGCAGGGAGUGGGUUACCAGAUGCUCGGCAAUGCCGUCACCGUCGGCUUAGCGCUUUUCCCUUUCCUGUAUCGACUCUUCCGUGAGAAGACCCUUGACCAACUGAAGUCCAUUUCAGCCGAGGAGAUCCUGACUCUCUUUUGUGGGGCACCGCCUGUUACACCUGUUAUUAUUUUGUCUAUAAUUAACUUUUUUGAAAGAUUGUGUCUUACAUGGAUGUUUUUUUUCAUGAUGUGUGUGGCAGAGAGAACAUAUAAACAGAGAUUUUUAUUUGCAAAACUCUUCAGCCAUAUUACUUCUGCCAGGAAAGCUAGGAAAUAUGAAAUACCUCAUUUCAGACUUAAAAAGGUGGAGAACAUUAAAAUAUGGCUGUCACUGCGUUCCUAUCUGAAGAGACGAGGUCCGCAGCGUUCAGUUGAUGUGGUUGUAUCUUCAGUCUUCUUAUUGACGCUUUCGAUUGCUUUCAUCUGUUGUGCCCAGGUUCUACAAGGACAUAAAACUUUCUUGAAUGAUGCGUACAACUGGGAGUUUUUGAUCUGGGAGACAGCUUUGCUACUUUUCUUACUGCGCCUGGCCUCCCUGGGGUCUGAGACCAAUAAGAAAUACAGCAAUGUUUCAAUCUUACUUACAGAACAGAUUAAUUUGUAUCUUAAGAUGGAAAAAAAGCCAAAUAAGAAAGAACAGCUCACUCUAGUAAACAAUGUAUUAAAGCUGUCCACCAAGUUGUUAAAAGAGCUGGACACACCGUUCAGACUCUAUGGACUGACAAUGAAUCCCUUAAUCUACAAUAUCACAAGAGUAGUUAUCCUUUCUGCUGUCUCAGGAGUUAUAAGUGAUCUUCUAGGAUUUAAUAUAAGACUGUGGAAAAUUAAGUCAUAAGCUAAGUCAUGUGCCUGGAUUCUCCCCUGGCCGGCAUCAGUAUUCACCCGCUAAGGAAAGAGAUGACUGCAGAACCCAGGGGACCCCAGCUCGUUCCUGUGCACAGGUGCUCUCCGCCCUGCCAAACCUAGCGAAGGGUUUUCUCAGAGGAGCAAGUCCUUUCUUACCUGGGUGUGCAUGCUAAAAACCUGUACUUUCAUGGUUUUCAAACAGUAUGAACAGUCAGCAGACUAAAGACUGUGUGCGUUACAGUAACACAAGUGCGGUGUUUUAAGUUAGGAAAUUUCUUCUGGGCACUUCUGUGACAGUUACAUUUACUGGAAUAAUCUCUAGGGUAACUGGAAGAUGCCCGAAGCAUGAAGCAAAUAUCUUUUAUUGGAAAAAUGCACACUUAGUACUUUUCUAUUAUAGUCUAUGGAAUUGGAGGUUUCUCUAUCAAAGAGGGACCAGCCUAUUUUAGGUUGAAUCCAAAUAAAAGAACUUUACUGGAGAUUU